AAAUAUUUGAGGAUAGCUAUAGCGGUGUAUCGAACACUAUCGAACACACGGCGUGACUGUACGAAUGUGUUUCUCAACCUAUAAAGUAACAAACAAUACUUGACUGCCAAGGCAUAUGUUGGAUUCGGCAAAAUGGUUUUGCUGGAAAACGAUUUGUUUCUAGUGGAGCUGACACGUCUUUUUGAUAAAUCUCGUAUAUCUGGUUCUGUAGUGCUCACUAUCAAAAGAUUUAAUGGACACAAUAAACCGACACCUAGGAAAGGUAAACCUCCCUUACCAACGCCAAACGAAUUUCUUUGUUUAGUAAGAGCUAGUUUAAGGUCCAAAAAAAUUUCUACCAUUAUUCAUUCCAAGGAUGUAAAUAAAUUUCAGCAAGCGUAUUGGAAUCUAUUGAAAUCGAACAUCAACGGUCUUAAGAAAUUAAAGAAAAUAAAAUCUGCGAAGCCUAAAGUCCAUUGACAUAGUAAUAUAAAUUAACGCUUAUCUGUAAUAUGUUAUUAUUAACACUUUUGUAUAAUGUGAAAUACGUUUCCUUUAAUGUACAAC